ACUGGAGCUCACAGUGAGAAAAUUACUGUUUUAUAAACUCAAGAUGGCGUCAACUGGAUAUACGCGUUCAUUAUUGUUGGAUGAUUUAGGCUUCCCUGAAAGUCUACUAGAUGUUUUCGAGCAGUGCGGGAUCGGAUUAUUCGAAGUAAUAACCUUCUCGAUUGAAGAGUUACAGUGUCAUUUGCAGCAAACGGAUGCUGAUUGGAAAAUUGAGGUUAUUUUUGAAGCUAUAAGUUCCUGGCGAAAAAGAAAUAAAUCAGCGAUCCUCAGUGCAUUAACCAGCAACGGACUUCCCGGAAAUGGAGGAGCAAACGAACCCUGUGAGUCAAGUGGAAGCGUGCUGAAUACACAUGCACUUGAAAGAGAGCAGCGAGGCUUAUUACACCCGUCAAUGAAUCGACCGAUUCGGGAAUUGUGUCUACAAAAGCAGUAG